AUGGCACAGCAAAUAGAACGUAAUCAAGAAGCCACAAUAUAUAUCGGUAAUUUGGAUGAAAGAUGUACUGAAUCUCUUGUGUGGGAGCUCAUGUUACAAGCUGGACCUGUUGUCAAUGUACAUUUACCAAAGGACAGAGUGACACAGACACAUCAAAGUUAUGGUUUUGUAGAGUUUCUGACUGAAGAAGACGCUGAUUAUGCAAUCAAAAUCAUGAAUCAAGUUCGACUGUAUGGUAAGCCCAUUCGCGUCAACAAGGCAACCUCAGAUAAAAAGAACUUGGAUGUGGGAGCAACACUGUUUAUCGGUAACUUGGACCCUGAAGUCGACGAAAAGCUUUUAUACGACACAUUCAGUGCUUUUGGCAUGAUUGUAAAUACACCAAAGAUUUCACGAGAUUUGGAAACUGGAGCAGCAAAAGGAUUUGGCUUUGUUAGUUUUGAUAACUUUGAGUCUGCUGAUGCAGCCAUUGAUGCUAUGGAGGGACAGUAUUUGAUGAACAAGCAAAUUUCAGUGUCGUAUGCUUUCAAGAAGGACGGUAAAGGUGAAAAGCACGGUUCUGCAGCAGAGAGAUUAUUGGCAGCAGAGGCAAAGAAGAAUGUGCAAAUGCCAAAUAGAUUAUAUUCUGGUGGUCCUGCUAUGGCACCGGCUAUUGGCGCUGGAUCGCACACACCUAUUCCUGUUCAACAACCCAUAAUGCAAAGUUAUCCUGUCAAUGGAGGCGUGGGUGGUUUCCGACCUCCACCACCACCUCCUCCAAUGGGAGGUGCUACUGGAUAUCCAAUGGCUUACCCACCUCAACAACAGUAUGGUGCUCCUGCUUGGCAAUAA